AUGGCAAACUCAUCCAAGGAGCGCGGCAUUCGCAUAGCAAUCGACCGAGGCGGCACCUUCACCGACUGCGUUGGCGAACACAAUGGCGAGGAAAUCAUCAUCAAGCUCCUCUCCGAGGACCCGGCAAACUACAAAGACGCGCCGCUCGAGGGCAUCCGGCGCAUCAUGAGCCAUUUCCUCAAGCGGGAGAUCCCCCGCGGCGAGCCCUUGGACACGUCCAAGAUUGAUUCCAUACGUAUGGGCACUACCGUGGCGACGAAUGCGUUGCUGGAAAGGAAGGGCGAGAAGAUUGCCAUGAUCGUCACAAAGGGGUUCAAGGACUGCUUGACGAUUGGCAACCAGUCCAGGCCCAAGAUCUUUGACCUCGCCAUCAGGAAGCCGGAUGUCUUGUAUGAGCAGGUCGUGGAAAUUGACGAGCGAGUCACACUGGAAGAUUAUGCUGAAGACCCGGAGAGGAAAAUCACGGCGACAGAUGCUCAGGCGGGCACCAAGGAGGCCGAGGGCAAAGAUCUGGUCAGGGGUCUUUCCGGCGAGACGGUCAGGAUAUUGAGACGCCCCGAACACGACGACAUCAGAGAGAAGCUGCAAAAGGUUUAUGACUCUGGAAUUCGCAGCAUAGCCGUGUGUCUUAUGCACGGAUAUACAUUCCCCGAGCACGAGGCUCUGAUAGGCAACAUCGCAAAGGAGAUUGGCUUUCAACAUAUCUCACUCAGCCACGAGCUGAUGCCCAUGGUGAAGCUUGUACCGCGAGCAACUUCAGUCUGCGCAGAUGCGUAUCUGACUCCUGCAAUUCGGAAGUACAUAGAUGGCUUCCAGGCGGGAUUUGAAGGCGGCCUGGGCACGGAGAGCGUCAAGCACGAAAAAGGCCCCAAGGGCGCUCGUUGCGAGUUUAUGCAGAGUGACGGCGGUCUCGUUGACGUCGACAAGUUUACGGGUCUCAAGGCUAUUUUAUCUGGUCCCGCAGGAGGUGUGGUGGGAUAUGCCAUGACAUCCUACGAUGAAGAGACGAGAGUUCCCGUUAUUGGAUUUGACAUGGGAGGCACCAGUACAGACGUCUCUCGUUACGGAGAGGGCCGAUAUGAGCACGUCUUUGAAACAACCACCGCCGGCGUCACGAUUCAGUCUCCUCAGCUGGACAUCAACACUGUCGCCGCUGGCGGUGGCUCUCGUCUGUUCUUCCGCAACGGGCUGUUCGUCGUGGGACCUGAGUCCGCCGGUGCUCAUCCCGGCCCUGCCUGCUACCGAAAAGGUGGUCCUGCGACUGUCACAGAUGCCAACUUGUACCUGGGCCGUCUUCUACCAGAAUUCUUCCCUAAGAUCUUUGGCAAAAAUGAGGAUGAGGGACUGGAUCUGGAGGCGAGCAAAAAGGUGCUACAGGAGCUGACGGACCAAGUCAACCAAGAGACUGGAAAGAACCUGUCCGUGGAUGAGGUCGCUUUUGGAUUCCUAACAGUUGCAAACGAGACCAUGACACGACCCAUCCGAUCCAUCACCGAAGCAAAGGGCCACGAUACCUCUAAACACCGUCUGGCAACUUUUGGCGGUGCUGGCGGCCAACAUGCUGUCGCUAUCGCAGAGUCUCUCGGCAUUAGCCAGAUCCUUGUCCACCGAUACUCAUCUGUGCUCUCUGCCUACGGCAUGGCACUUGCAGACGUUGUAGAUGAGCGACAAGAACCGGAUUCUUCAGUCUGGGAAGACAACGGCAAAGUAGUUACCGAGCUGAAGGCCAAGAUGGAGAAGUUGAAGGACAAGUCACGAGCCGCUUUGAAAGACCAAGGUUUUGAUGAGAACGAGAUUGUGUUUGAGGAGUACCUCAAUUGCAGAUACCGCGGCACUGAGAGCGCUCUCAUGAUUAUCAAGCCUAGCAAAGAAGAAGCAAAGGCGAGUUUCGAUGGCAAAGACUGGGAAUUUGGCAAGGCUUUUGUCAAGCACCAUCGCUACGAGUUUGGCUUCACGCUGGAUGAUCGAGAUAUCAUUGUGGACGACGUUAGAGUACGAGGAAUUGGAAAAAGCUUCCGCCACCAAGAAAAAACCAUUGACCAGCAGCUCAAAUCGAUCAAAAGACGGGACGCUCCCUCGAAGACGCAGCAUAGUGAGCAAGAAGUCUAUUUUGAAGGCGGCAGAGUCAAGACUCCUGUUUACAAGCUCAAGGACUUGAAUGAGGGCGAUGUGAUCAACGGACCAGCUAUGCUAGCAGACGGAACUCAAACCAUUGUCGUGACUCCACGUACCAAGGCUCUCAUUACGGGAACACAUGUUGUAUUGGAUAUUUCAAAACAAGGCACCAAAGAUGAGUCCCACAACACCGGAGGAGACCGCGAGGUUGACCCCAUCAUGCUCAGCAUCUUCGGACACAGAUUCAUGGCCAUUGCAGAACAAAUGGGCCGAGCCCUACAAAAGACGAGCGUCAGCACAAACGUCAAAGAAAGGCUCGAUUUCUCCUGUGCCAUAUUUGAUGCCUCUGGCAACCUCGUAGCCAACGCACCACACUUGCCCGUGCAUCUGGGAAGUAUGAGCCACUUGGUCCGCCGACAAGCAGAGAUCUGGAAAGGACGCCUACAGAAGGGAGACGUCAUCAUCUCCAACCACCCUUCGUACGGCGGCACCCAUCUUCCAGACGUGACGCUGGUGAUGCCCGCUUUCGACCCCAAGGGCGAGAACAUUCUCUUUUACGCAGCAUCCCGAGCCCACCACGCGGACAUUGGUGGAAUCAGCGCCGGUAGCAUGCCACCGCACUCUCGCGAGCUAUUCCAAGAGGGAGCCUCCAUCAAGAGCGAAAAGUUGGUCAGCGGCGGCAAGUUCGACGAGGAGCGGGUGAUCGAGCUCUUCUACAAUGAGCCGGCCCAGUACCCUGGAUGCAGCGGGACUCGAAGCCUUGCAGAUAACAUCAACGACCUCAAAGCGCAGGUAUCUGCCAACAACAAGGGCAUCUCUCUCAUCGAGACUCUGAUUGAUGAAUACGGUGAGGAGACUGUCCAGUUUUACAUGGUAAACAUUCAGAAGAAUGCCGAGAUGUGCGUUCGACGACUGCUCAAGGACGUCUAUAAGCGGUUCGAGGGCAAGGAGCUAUCUGCUGUAGACUACAUGGACGACGGAACGCCCAUUCGGCUCAAAGUCACCAUCGACCCCAAAGCAGGCGAGGCCGAGUUUGACUUUGAAGGAACUGGGCCCGAAGUGUACGGCAACAUCAAUGCUCCCCAGGCAAUCACUUUCAGCGCCAUCAUCUACUGCCUACGCUGCCUCAUCUCUGAAGAUAUCCCCUUGAACCAAGGAUGUCUGAAGCCGAUCCACGUCAAGAUUCCUCCCAAAUCCCUCCUUUCGCCGUCUGGCAACGCGGCUGUGGUCGGUGGAAACGUGCUCACCAGCCAGAGAAUUACCGACGUCGUGUUCAAGGCUUUCCAAGCCUGCGCCGCCAGCCAGGGAUGCUGCAACAACCUCACGUUCGGCUUUGGAGGAAACCAAUCCGGCAAGCAAGCCGUCAAGGGCUUUGGCUACUACGAGACCAUUGCAGGUGGAAGCGGUGCCGGACCCGACUGGGUUGGCACGAGCGGUGUGCACGUCCAUAUGACCAACACGAGAAUCACGGACUCGGAGAUCUUUGAGCGAAGAUAUCCCGUCAUCUUGAAGGAGUUUUCCAUUCGAAAAGGAUCGGGAGGCGAUGGUCAGCACCGCGGUGGCGACGGAGUCAUCCGAGAUAUCGAGUUCCGCAUACCCCUGCAAGUGUCUAUCCUCAGCGAGAGACGUGUGUACCGUCCAUACGGCCUGAACGGCGGCGAGGACGCCCAGUGUGGAUUGAACCUGUGGGUGAGAAAAGUGGAAAAGGCGAACUGGGAACGGUCCCUCAAGAAGCUCCAGGGAGAAGAGGACUCAGGGCAGACGGAAUACGAAGAGCGGCACAUCAACCUGGGAGCCAAGAACACGGCUGCCAUGUCGGCAGGGGACCGCAUCAUCAUAUGCACCCCGGGAGGCGGAGGCUGGGGAAAGCCAGGCGAAAAGAGCAAGGAAAGGAAAAGAGCGGAUGUCACCGAGAGCUGGAGCAAGGGCAGUUUCGCGGCCAGAGAAGAGACUGCUUUGCAGGCUUAA